GAAUUCUUGAUGUCCAUGUGUUUUAUCAGCCCACCGUGCUGGGAUGGUCCCUCUCUCCCGGACGGAGAGCAGACAGUUUGCGACGCCUCAGACUCCGAGAAUCACGACGUAUUGGACGAGUACGGGCUUUUUGCUGCCGUUGCUGACGGUGGGAAGUUAAAGCCACUUGUGCCUGACGGCCCCGCGCAAAAAAGUACGAGGGGUUCUGUGUUUGACAUUCGAAAGGCGAACCCCAGUCCUCUUGCAGCCGAGUUGUCACUCUCGCCUUCCGGAAACCAGUGUCUUCGGGAAUGCAAGGAGAGGACGACGGCGGCGGCGGCGGCGGCGGGGGGCAGCGAAAACGAACUAGGGAAUCAGCUUGUGAGUCGCGAGAGAGCUCAACAGAAAAGUCCGGAAAGCCGCUGUGGAUUGGAGCUGGCGACUUGUCCAUGUUCGGCGCCUUCGCGUAAGAACUUGGCCGAGCAGCCCCCACGGAGGGUGGGGCUGCCGUCAAUAUUGCCGACUCACGAUGAGGGAAAUUGGAAAAAAGUAAGUUUUGUAAAGAAGAGGUUGGCACGCUACAACCUUCGAAGGAAGCAUCACGACGAGAGGGCCUAUGGCGUCAACGCCGUCGCUUUUAUUUCUUCCCCAGAAAGCGGGGACAAGGGCUGUUCGAGGGAGCAGUCGCCAAUGACGCCUCUGACUGAAACGAGUGCCGUUUCCAUCGUUGACCAUGAACCGCUUAGCAACGGUUCUUUUGUGGCACUAGAGGCGAGUUACCACAUGGACGAAGUGAUCUCUUCUGCCGAUGUGGGGACCUCGCAGGCGCUUACUUCUCUUUUAAAUCGCGUGCAUUGUGGUCAGCGAUCAUUCCUGUUGUCCACCUACGCCCCAGGUUGCCCUUCAACUUCCGUGAUGCUCAUCCGUGAGUUCCUCAAGGCCUUGCUAAGGCGUUUCCGAGAAGGUGAGGUGGAAGAUCAAACAAACUGCACGAUUUGGCUUUCUUUGGCUGCAGUAACGACCCCAAGCUCCGCCGUGGAUAUGCUUCAAAAUGUAAACGAAAAUGAGCAUGUAGUGCCUAUAAGAAGCGGAUACCUCGCUCUUUGUGGGCCGCUUCUUAUGGAUCUUUCGUGGCAUGAGAUUUCGUCAGAGGAGUGUUUGGCUAACAUUGCGAGCAGGAUGCGACGUCGUCUGCGCUGUCACCCGGAAAAUAUGGUUGUGGGCACCCUCCUUGUAAGUGAACGUUCGUGUCGUUUGGACCCUGAAACAAAUAUCCCAGAGACUGUUCUAACAAGCCUCACCAUGGCGAUAACGAAGGAUCCUAUGCUGUUCGUUAGUAUAGGGCGAUCAACUGCGGCACCGUUGCAGGUGUUUUUUGCUGCUGCCUUCGGUGGUGCCGCCGCGACAACGCACGUGACGUGCGUGGAACAGCGCACCAGCAACAACUUGUCAAAGGACUACUUUGACUACGCCCUGAGGCUCCAGCAAGUGGUAAACGACAAACCGUUUGUAUACGACGUGGGACGGUAUUACUUGAAGGCACGGAAACUAUUGCGGGGGAUUGAGAGGUCGAGGAAGAAGAUGGCGAUGCCAGCCACAGACGACGCUGACAUUAAGCACCUAUGGGAACUCGUGCACGAGGCUGGGAGGCUGCUGAGCAACACGGGUAUGACGCCGACGAAUCACAUACGGGCUGGGAUGCUUUCCCCUUCCCUGAUGGCUUUACUCAGUGCAAAGGCAGGCAGCUCCGGGAAGCGUGGGGGCGGCGUGCAUAAAAGGAAAAGAGUUGCCCCGGUCGCCUUUGCGCAAACUUAG